AUGUCGUUUCCACCACCUCCAUCACCCGACUCCAUAAAUUCGGUGGAGUUUCUCAACUACAAUGACCUACAUUCCAUUUUGUGCGAUUACGGAGAGAAGAUUGAAGCGAAUCGAAGCGAGAUGCAGAGGAUGAAAGAGGAGCUUGCCCAAGAUUUUAUUUUCUAUAGGGUUGAUCACAUUAGUCUCCAGCGUAAGUUGGAAGACCAUGACAGGAAGUUUCAAGCUCUUGUUCUGGUGAUGGGCGGCAUGAUGGUGGCCAUGCUCAGGAUAAUGGUUGUUCUGCUCCACACCGUUAUGAAGCUUGGAUGA